AUGUUAUCAUCUCUAAACCUUAACUUGACUAUAGUCAUACUCAUUUCAAUUUCAUCCCUUAUUGUCUCACAUUCUCAAACAUCAACAAAAACAACCAUUGAAAUUGAAAUUGAAGCAUUGAAAGCUUUCAAAAAAUCCAUAACACAUGACCCAAAUAAAAUCCUUGCAAGUUGGAUUGACACACGCCCUCAUUGCAAUUGGUCAGGCAUUGAAUGUAACAACAAUUCAAACCAUGUUAUAUCAAUUUCUCUACCUCAACUUCAACUCCAAGGUCAGAUUUCACCUUGGAUUGGUAACAUUUCAACUCUUCAACUUCUUGAUUUAUCUUCAAACUUAUUCACUGGUCAAAUUCCAAUUCAAAUUACUCUAUGUACUCAACUUACAUCGCUCUACCUUGUUGAUAAUUCUCUCUCGGGUUCGAUUCCUUGUGAAUUAAGUAACCUCAAAAUGUUGCAGUAUUUGGAUUUAGGUAAUAACUUUUUCAAUGGAACCCUACCUGAUUGCUUAUUUAACAUCACUUCGUUGUUAGGUAUUGCUUUCGAUUUCAACAAUCUUACUGGAAAUAUUCCGGAAAAUAUAGGAAAUUUAGUUAACACUAUACAAAUUGUAGGGUUUGGGAAUAGUUUUGUUGGAUCUAUACCGGUUUCUAUAGGUCGAUUAGAAUCUUUGAAAUCUAUUGAUUUUAGUCAAAAUAAGUUAUCUGGCGCGAUACCGAAAGAGAUUGGAAACCUAACAAAUCUAGAAAAUGUUCUAUUCUUUCAUAAUUCGUUGACCGGGAAAAUUCCUUCGGAGUUGGGUCAAUGUAGCAAUCUUGUAUACCUUGAGUUAUAUGAGAAUGAGUUCACUGGAAACAUUCCUCAUGAGUUAGGGAAUUUAGUUCAGUUGGAAACGUUGAGGUUAUUUGAUAAUAACUUGAAUUCGACUAUACCAGAUUCGAUUUAUAGGUUGAAAUCGUUAACGCAUUUGGGUUUAUCAGAGAAUAACUUAGACGGAACAAUUUCUUCUGAGAUUGGAAAUUUGAGAUCCUUAAAAGUGUUGACUCUGCAUUUGAAUAAGUUCACCGGGACGAUUCCUUUGUCGAUAACGAAUUUGAAAAACUUGACAUCUUUGUCCAUGAGUCAAAAUCUUCUUUCAGGUGAAAUUCCUUCAAACAUAGGUGUGCUUCAAAAUCUGAAGUUUCUUAUCUUGAACACUAAUUUUUUGCAUGGCCCUGUUCCUCCUAGCAUUACCAAUUGUACUAGUUUGGUUAAUGUGAGUUUAUCGAUUAAUUCUUUAACCGGAAACAUUCCUGAGGGCUUUUCGAGGCUUCCUAAUUUAACUUUCCUGUCUCUCGUAUCGAACAAAAUGAGUGGUGAAAUCCCUGAUGAUCUUUUCAAUUGCUCGAAUCUUAGUACUCUAAGUUUGGCGGAUAAUAACUUCAGUGGUACGAUAAAAUCUGGUAUCAAGAAUCUGUUUAAUCUCAUGCGUUUGCAGCUGAACGAAAAUGCUUUCGUAGGACCAAUUCCACGAGAGAUCGGUAACUUGAAUAAACUCAUCACUUUGUCCCUUUCUGAAAAUAGAUUUUCAGGGCAUAUACCGAUCGAAUUGUCCAAACUUUCUCUCCUUCAAGGACUUUCUCUCCAUGACAAUGAAUUAGAAGGUACAAUACCUGAUAAACUUUCUGAACUGAAUCGAUUGACGAUACUUUUUCUGCAAGAAAACAAGUUGGCUGGUCAAAUACCAGAAUCUAUCUCAAAGCUUGAGAUGCUUUCAUACUUAGAUCUUCAUGGAAACAAACUCAAUGGAUCCAUUCCGAAAAGCAUGGGGAAGCUUGACCAUCUUUUAAUGUUGGAUCUCUCUCACAACGAGCUCACAGGAUCGAUACCUGGAGACGUCGUUGCACACUUCAAAGGCAUGCAGAUGUAUCUUAACCUUUCUUACAACCAUUUCGUUGGAAAUGUUCCGUCUGAGCUAGGGAUGUUGGAAAUGGCACAAGCGAUUGAUGUUUCAAACAAUAAUCUUUCAGGUUUCCUUCCGAAGACACUCGUCGGGUGCAGAAACAUGUUCAGUCUUGAUUUCUCAGGAAACAAUAUUUCAGGUCCUAUUCCUGCUGAAGUUUUCAGUGGCAUGGACUUGCUUCAAACCUUAAAUCUUUCAAGAAAUCAUUUUGAUGGUGAAAUCCCUGAAAGCGUGUCGCAGCUUAAGAGUCUUAGUUUCAUAGAUCUUUCUCAGAAUAACUUGAAGGGAACUAUUCCUGCAGGCUUUGCCAAUCUUUCCAACCUGAUGCAGCUCAACUUUUCUUUCAAUCAACUUGAAGGUCCUGUACCUUUGACCGGAAUAUUUUCACAUAUCAAUGAAUCUAGUAUGGUAGGAAACCAGGCUCUCUGCGGCGCAAGAUUCCUAAGGCCAUGCAGAGAGAAUGGUCAUUCCCUAUCCAAGAAGAGCAUAGCUAUCAUUGCUGCACUUGGAUCUCUUGCUGUACUUCUAGCUGUAGUGCUUCUGGUUUUAUAUCUCAACCGAGGCACCUUGUUUGGUAGUUCUAUAAAGAGUGAUGAUAGUCACAAACCAGAGUGCAAUACAGCGUUGGCUCUUACAAGAUUUAGUCCAAAGGAGUUAGAAAAUGCCACCGGUUGUUUCAGCUCAGACUACAUCAUUGGUGCUAGCAGUUUGAGCACUGUUUACAAGGGUCAAUUCGGAGACGGUCAGAUUGUAGCCAUAAAAAGGUUGAAUUUGCACCAUUUCUCUUCAAAUACCGACAAGAUCUUCAAGAGAGAAGCCAGCAUCUUGUGCCAGCUGAGACAUAGGAAUUUGGUUAAGAUACUUGGAUAUGCUUGGGAAAGUGGGAAAACAAAGGCUUUAGUUCUCGAGUACAUGGAGAAUGGGAACUUGGAUAGCAUCAUACAUGAUAAAGAGGCAGAUCAGUCGAGGUGGACAUUAUCUGAAAGAGUCCGAGUUUUCAUUUCUAUUGCGAGUGGAUUGGAUUACUUGCACUCAGGUUAUGAUUUUCCCAUUGUCCACUGUGAUCUAAAGCCUUCAAACAUCCUUUUAGAUAGAGAUUUUGAAGCUCAUGUCAGUGAUUUCGGGACAGCUCGAAUACUCGGUCUUCAUCUAGAAGACGGUAAUGCCCUUUCCUCAUCAACAGCUUUGCAAGGCACAGUUGGCUAUUUGGCACCAGAAUAUGCCUACAUAACGAAAGGUACGCCUAAAGUGGAUGUGUUCAGCUUUGGUAUCAUAGUAAUGGAAUUUCUAACAAAAAUGAGGCCAACAGGGCUCUCAGAAUCAGUUAGUUUACACGACGUAGUGGCAAAAGCCGUUGCAAAUGGAAAGGAGCAGCUUGUCUACAUUGUGGACCCUGGAUUGAUCACGAAAGACAACGGGGAGGAGUUGGAAGAGCUCUUUAAGCUAUCAUUGUGCUGCACUCUCUCUGAUCCUGAACGUCGGCCUAAUAUGAAUGAAGUCUUAUCUGCCCUCGUGAAGCUUAAGACGGCAAGAUAG